UGACAACUGAUUGCUGAAUAGUGCUGUUCAGAACGCCAAGUGCUGAUGUGCCUACACAGAAUCCAUCCUGACCCUCAAUGGGUAAAAACAAGCGUAGAUGACACGGAAAUCGUACGAUGAUACGGCAGUACUAGCCCUAUUCAAAUGGCAAGCUACAGCAAAGGAACCAAUUGCGACAAACUUUGGCGAGCAUGGUAUGGAAUAUUAAUUACAGUGUUACAUCUUUUCCUCAUCUACAUUGGUGUGACGCGGUACCUGCACUACAAGUCGCAGGCUUUCGAUCCGAAAUACGGAGGGACUUGGGACCAGUCCGGACUGAACUUCACUCUGGCGAUGCUGAUAACGUCCAUCGCUUGUUUCUUCCUCUUUCUGUUCACCAGUUUUAUACGCACUUCAAAUUAUGCUAACGAAAGCACACAGAUUGGACGUGACACAAACAACCUGCAUUUGUUAACCCCAUACCCAACAUGGAAACCUGCUAUUCCGCUGAUUACAUUACCACAAAAUGGCGGUAAUGGCUGUUUGUACACUUCCGGAGCCCCACAAAGCCUCAUACAACGAACCGGUUAUAACUCUGUGGGCGCCGUACCCGAAGAUGAUCGCCUAUCUAAUGCUGGUGCUGACGAUCUCCCACCCGCACCGCAAUACGACACAUGGUCCGGUCGAAGUGCGAUGAACCAGGAACAGUUCCAUCCUCACACUACGUUUAACACCCUUCGCUAUAUGCGCCAAGACUCGGAAAAACGAUUGUCCAUACAUCAGAGUCUCCGAUUACUCUGGCACCGAUUUCAACGUCAUUUUCUCCCGUAUUCCGUGGUCCUUCAUCUUCUGACCGCCUACUGCUUGCUUCUUCCCAUAUCGGUGGUACACGCACAGCAGAUUUUUCAUCGAGCCUUACCUGCAGACUGGAUAUGGCGGUCAGAAUUGGACUUUCUUUUUGGAACUGAAGACGGACUAACAUCGAGACCGCACUCUGACGUCACACUGUCUAGCAAAUCUUCGACCAUGAAUGUUGCUGUUGGAACAAACUUUCCUGCCUGGGACAAUCUACGUGCAAUUUCCCCGGAAUUCUUUAACCUCACUCUCGUAUUGCUGCUGCUGAGUUUACGAUAUCCGAGUGUGUUCUGGUACACUAAUCGACCGUUCUCUUUCGUAUUCUCACUUCUCCUACUGCUGACCGGAUUACACGCAUUGAUCGAAUUCAGUGCCGCCACAGUUCUAACAAAACUGGCCUGGAAUCAACAGCUCCUACCCGGUUUCUCUCACCUGCGCUUGAUCACCGUUUGUCGACCUAUGGCAGAAACGGCGAAGGCCGCCGAUUCCGAGUCGGUUACGGACGAAUCAAGCUCAAAUGACCGAAGAACUCUGCUGUUCACCGUUGGUCUAAACAGCAUCGGUCCACUGGCUUUAUCCACCAUGGGAACGGUUCUGUUCCUCUCCCUGUUCCUCACAAUCUUCGAAUACGGCUACCGUCAGUUCACAGAAAAUUUAGCUGUUUAUCGUCACUAUCUGGUUGGUUCACCUAGCAGUAAUGGGUUUCAGUUGCCCAAUGGCGACGCGGGUCUGACCUUCAACCAAACCGAUUCGGUUCAUUCUGGGCCAAUGGGAAGUGUCAAAUCGAACCCAUGCAUUGGUGGCAACCCGCUGACCUACCGAAGGCGAUGUUAUAAUAUCGGUGCUGAGCUGCUACAUCCCGGAUGCCGGUGCUGUUUGCAUGCCUAUGCUCCGCACAUGUGUGCCACGCUGGGCUACCUCUGUGUACUGGCCUUCAAAAUACCCAUCAUGUAUGACUGUUUUCAAUUGUACCGGAUCACCAAAAGUGCCCUAAUGCUGACCGCUCCAGUAUCAAUCAUCUUGGUUAGUUGCGCUUGGUUCAUCGCGUGGUUCGCGUUCAGCCUGAAACCGGCGUGGAAAUUCCAGGUAAACCUACCGUUGCACACGCUGCCUGGACCCACGAUGGCCUCUCAUUUGCCACCGAUCCAACAGAACGGACUAAUGGUUCCCACAAUGAUGAAUAGCCUUCUUCGACCUUCAUCCGUGGGAAUUGGAGGUGGCGACGGGGAUGGACGAAUAAUGCACGGACUGAUGUAUCCAACUUCGGGUGUGAUCACACCGCAAACGCCAAAUUGCUUUUCCACCGAUAAUAUUUCCCUUACCCACGGGGGUGUUUCAACAAGCCCAAUCUAUGCAUGCUUUCAUGAUGCCCCGCCUGGUAUAAUGGGAAAUAGUUUAACCAGGCUACUGCGAUUCCCGAAUGCGAUGGAUAUGGGAGCCGCCAAUUCGAGCAGCAUUCCGCUUUUAAAUGGACUGAGCAAUGGACUCCGGACUGGAGAAUACCUAAAUGAGGACGCGGAGGCGACUAGCAGCGGAAGACAGAGUGGCAACAACUACGUUUGUCUUCAAACCGCCCUUGGAGGUGGUGGAGUUGCCCAUGGUGUUUUGGUGCCACCUGAGAAUGGUAUCCUGGUCACACGUCUGUUACAGCCAGCAACCCCAUCGCCUCAACCGCCGCCUGCACCUCCACCACCAAUUACGUCUACCGCUGCGGUUGCCAGACUCACCGAUGUGCCACUGGUGAAUCGCAUCCAUUCCUCCGGGACAAUGAACCUGUUAUCAUCACCCCCAUCUGUCGGGCCGAUGGGAGCUGACGAAGAGGACGGAAGCUCAACGAAUACCGUUCAGUUAAACAGUGCACGGCUGAAUGGAUCUCCGCUCGGUCCUUAUCACAUGAUGAAUAUGCCUAAGUUGCCUCUUAGCGGCCUAAACACAUACUCCGAUGCCAUGUCAGAUCGUCGUCCGAAUGCCGCCAUUAUACCCCAGUCCAGCACCCCUUAUGAGGAUUCAACACGUGUGUUAUCAGCAACGGAAGCUGGUGGUCUACCCAGAGUAAGCCUUUCCAGCCCAAGGUCACAACAGAUCCACUCAACUAUUAGUGGGUCCACUUCACUUGCACCCCGAGUCACCUUCAAGGACAAAGUAGAUAUGAUUGCAAGCACAUCACCUUCCACCAGUGAGCCAGGAUCUCAAAACACCUCCAACGACAGUGGUAUUGAUAACUUCAAAUGCGAACAGAAGUCGGCGGGCCGUGCGGUCGUCCCGUCGCCCACAUCAGCCGACGGGAGCGGCACUUAUGACAACGCUUUCCCAAGUACUUUCCGUUCAAGCGUAUUGAUUCGAAAUCCUAGUCAGAGCAAGGAUCGACAGACAAAUGGGGAUCGAUCAGAAGCCACUGAAGUUCCAACGAACCAAUCAAAUCCCAGGUGUAUGAAUGACUCCUUUUAUGCGAAACGUCAACCGGUACUCGGGUUGACCGAGAAGUUUGCUGGGGGACCAUCAGCCACUUCUGUAUCUACUGCGAUGGAAUCUCACCAAGCUAUGGGCAUGUCACAUCUGGCUGGUAGUACCCUGAACCAUGGAGCUCAAUUUAUUCGUCCAGGAGAAAUGAUUGGUGAUGCAAACAAUAGCUUCCAAUCAUCUAGCACAGAACCAUUCCCUAUGCUCUUACCCGGAGGUACGAUUACGGAUGAGGCACAAGAGCCGAGACUUUGUAGUCAAGUGUGAUAACCCCCCAUUCUUUAUGCCUAAAGCUCUGCUUUCAUUUAACUGUAAACCAAUCAACAUUUGUCCACCUUUUUUGAGCGCCAGUCAGUGGAAUUGUUUUUGUCGGAAAGUUCUGUUGUUCCUCUAAAUUAGGUUCCCAAAAAAAUCUUGGCAUUAUCCACAUUCAUCCGCAUUUUCUUGCCUUUUUCAUCGAGGUUUUAUCGCGAAACGCUGUGUUGUACGGACCGCGUGACAUUGUGUUGUGGUGAAUAGUCCACCUUGUAUAGCCAGUUUUAUUCCAUCAGACCACGUUUUGUCGAUUUAUUGAAAAUUCAAUUAUUUUUGCCUUAAACUCCUGGCGGUCGUUUGAGAUCGUCCAUCCGCAUUGCCAUGCAUUCUUUUUUGCCUUGUGUGUUUCAGGAACUGUUUAUUUGUAAAUAGACAAUUGAAGGCCA